AUAUGAAUGUAGGCUGAAGUCAGAAAAUGGCAAGAAAGUCUUCAGAGAGAGAUCCAAUCAAAGCUUCACACUCCAAGAGCAACCUCUGAUACGACUGACGCCGCUCAGCAGACAAAUCCAUUGUGAGGUCAUAAGAGAAGUGAAACUAGAGUGCUCUGUCAACGAACCCUACACUGUUGAGUUGUACUCAGUACUCAGUACUCAAAACUUUGAAGUCUUAGGCACAGGUAAUUCUAUCAGCUACCCGUUUCUCAUCCCCAUCUGUGAAAAAACGAAACAUACAUUCACCUGUCAAGUGUCCGGCCGCAAAGAAUUAAAACGAACUACGCUGGAGAUAACUACAGGAGAUCCUGUUUGUGAAGAUGUUGUAUUUGGUACUGGAAAUCUUGGCCAGAUGGCCGUCGGUUCCUGUGAACGUGACGAGGUGGGAGAGAGGAAAGGAGUUUGUCAGGAAGAUGGAUCAUGGAGAGAAGUUGAAAACAACUGUAUCCUAGGACCGGUUCAGGAGCUGCUCCUGCAGUCUGAGUUCUUGGAUGCCAAUUCACUGCCAGGUUUCUUGGACACACUCAGCGAUGUCACCGUCAACUUCACUGAGGAAGUGGUUAAAUCUCCCACAAACAUAAAUGCCAUUGUUGAUAUACUCAGCAAUGUUGCAAAUACAUCCCUACCUAUUAAUAGUGACUUAGCAGAGGAUAUCCUUCUCACUGCAUGUGUCCUCACCACAUAUGGUGCAUGGAAAACCUGGGAGUCCCUGAACAAUGACACAAGAAAUGCCUCACAGAUGAGAAGAAUCUACACAUUCUUGCAGUCACUGGAGACUAUAACAGAACUUUCCUUUGUCCUGGAUAUAGACUUUGACAAAUCCUUCAAUGAAGAAUCAAAUGAUGUUUUCGUCAAUGCAAGCAGAGCUAUUCAAAAGCAAUGUCGGACUCCACAAUCAUCUUGUCAGUUAAGUGGAUUCAGGCCGGGAAGCACCAUCGGAGAUUAUACCAUAAGAGGAGCUUCAUUAUCAGACACAGAGCUUCAAGCUAUACAAACAGGGAUCUUUCUAGACCUGUCGGAAACCUACCCUAUAAUAUUUGACAGUCAGUCAUCCUUAAAGUUGGAACCGACUACAGUUAUCUCACAGCAAAAGGCAACUGUGACAUGUGGUCCUCCUCCAGCUGAUCUCAAUUUAGGAACCAACUGGACUGCAGAGUGGAGGUUCAACAACAGACCAAUAACCAGAGAUGAAAACCUCUAUGAAUUUUCAAAAGUGAAUGAAGAAGCAGUGUUAACUCUGAAAAGAUUCUUUGGUACAGACAUUGGUCAAUAUGAAUGUAGGCUUAAGUCUGGCCAGAAAAUCUUCAGAGAGAGAUCCAAUCGAAACUUUACACUCCAAGAGCAACCUCUGAUACAACUGACGCCGCUCAGCAGACAAAUCCAUUGUGAGGUCAUAAGAGAAGUGAAAAUAGAGUGCUCUGUCAACGAACCCUACACUGUUGAGUUAAGAAACUCGACUGGAGUCUUAGGCACAGGUAAAUCUAAUAUAAGCUACAAUAUUACCAUCAACUGUGACGACAUGGAACAUACAUUCACCUGUCAAGUGUUCGGCCACGAAGAAUCAAAACGAACUACGCUGGAGAUAACUACAGGAGAUCCUGUUUGUGAAGAUGAUGUAUUUGGUACUGGAAAUCUUGGCCAGAUGGCCGUCGGUUCCUGUGAACGUGACGAGGUGGGAGAGAGGAAAGGAGUUUGUCAGGAAGAUGGAUCAUGGAGAGAAGUUGAAAACAACUGUAUCCUAGGACCGGUUCAGGAGCUGCUCCUGCAGUCUGACUUGUUGGAUGCCAAUUCACUGCCAGGUUUCUUGGACACACUCAGCGAUGUCACCGUCAGCUUCACUGAGGAAGUGGUUAAAUCUCCCACAAACAUAAAUGCCAUUGUUGAUAUACUCAGCAAUGUUGCAAAUACAUCCAUACCUAUUAAUAGUGACUUAGCAGAGGAUAUCCUUCUCACUGCAGGUGUCCUCACCACAGAUGGUGCAAGGGAAACCUGGGAGUCCCUGAACAAUGACACAAGAAAUGCCUCACAGACGAAAAGAAGCUUCACAUUCUUGCAGUCACUGGAGACUAUAACAGGUCUCAUUAAUGAUGUCUCUUUAGCAAUUGACACACCUUCUAUUCUCUUAAACAAAACUACAUUCACAGACUCUUUCAAUGCCAGCUUUAAUUCUUCAGUGACGAUAGUUAUAUCAGAACCUGGUGAAGGAGAGAAGAAUAUCACUGUGAUGACAUUUGCUUCAAUGGAUAACGUUCUCCCUGCGAGAGACGAAGCAAAUUCCUCCAGAUUUGACAUCAAUGGGAGAGUCGUUCUUGUUCAGACCAGCAUUGGAAACAGCCCCAUUAAUAUUUCCUUUACAUUUAACCUCAAUAACCCUUCACUGGUGGACCCACAGUGUGUAUUCUGGAACUUCAGCCUCUUUGAUGAUCGGGGGGGAUGGGACAACGAAGGCUGUAUGCUUGUAGAAAUUAAAAAUGGAAGCGUCACCUGCAACUGCAACCACCUGACCUCCUUCUCCAUCCUUAUGUCGCCCUUCGUUAACUGCGAAGUGUGUUCUCUGAUAACAUUUAUUGGAGUUGGCAUAUCCAUGGCCUCCUUGGUCAUAUGCUUAAUAAUUGAGGCUGUCAUAUGGAGAAAAAUUAGAAGGAACACCACAUCUUACCUGCGUCAUGUCUCCAUUGUUAACAUCGCCGUGUCUCUCCUGAUUGCAGACAUUUGGUUUAUCAUAGGGGCUUCUAUUUCAAAAGCAUCGGGUGAUAACCGUGACGCAUGCUCUGCAGCUACAUUUUUCAUCCAUUUUUUCUACCUAGCCAUGUUCUUCUGGAUGUUAGCCUUAGCUCUUCUGUUGCUUUACCGCACAGUCAGUGUCAUUGUUGGAGGUUUGUCCAAAAGAUCUAUGCUGGCUAUUGGAUUCUCUGUAGGCUACGGAGGGCCUAUUAUCAUUGCGGUCAUAACUAUAGCUGCCACUGCACCCAGUGAAAGGUACAAACAAGGUAAAUUCUGCUGGCUCAACUUUACAGGGUCCUUCACCAUAAUAGCCUUUGUGUUGCCUGCUCUGACGAUAGUGCUGUUUAACCUCAUCGUCUUGAUUGUGGUAUUAUUCAAAAUGCUGAGGAGAAGGGCAGUGACAGACUCUGCCCAAGCAGGUCAGAGGAAUGUUUUAUUGCUUAUUGCAAGGACCCUGGCUGUCCUCACACCAUUAUUUGGAUUAACUUGGGGUCUGGGAAUUGGAACCCUGGCCGACCCAGAAAAUCAAGGCAUCCACAUUGCUUUUUCAUUCUUCAAUUCACUGCAGGGUUUCUUCAUAUUGGUGUUUGGACUGCUGCUGGACAAAAAGGUGCGGUCAGAAAUAGCAAUAAAGUCACAGAUAUCCGGAAGUGGCACCAGUAGCACCAGUGCUGGAAACUCAUCGAGUGCAUUUGGAUUUCUCCGGCUCUGGAGACAAGGAAGAGAUGGUAACAACAUCUCAUCCAACGACUCUAAUGUGACUCAAUCUCUCAACCCUUCAUAAUGUUUGCAGAGCACUUCAACCAGUCCGCUCUGAAAGACAACCAACGGAGCUUUUUUCUCCAACGUUACGACAACUAAUCAUGAAUACGGUUUUCUUUUUAAAGCUGCUGCACAGCUUACAACUCUGUUAUACAUACAAGCAUUUAUAUAUAUAUUAUUACAUUAAUUUAUGUUGGAUAAAUAGUAUUAAUUAUCUUCUUUGAGAAAGGAGUUUCAUGUACUUGCUAUAGGUCAGGAGAUAUACUCUGGAAAAUGUGUGUCGUCAUUCUCAUUUCUGACCACUAGAGGCAGAAGUGCACCGAUAUUUUCUUUCAGGUCCAUAUGGUUCUUGAUGCACUUAAAAAAACAAAACAUGUAGCUACAUAUAAAAGGCAUUAAUCUUAAUAAGUGAUCUUAUAUUACUGUGUUUUUGUCAUAUAAUAAAUACUUUUUGAAUGCAGAGACUUUAAUAACCUGUUUUACA